CGCCCGCAGCACCUGUCGCCGGUGCGCGCGGGCGGGGAGCCGGGCGGCGAGGGGGGCAUGGCCUGUUAGGGGCCUCUGGGGAGCCGGUGCCGAGUUGGGUCCGGGGCAGGGCAAGGCCGAGGGAGGGAAGGUCCUUCCCCGGGUGCCGCGCGGCCGGCGGCAGCAUGAAAAAGAACCAGACGGUGCAGGGCACGUUCAGCAAACUCUUCGGCAAGAAGCACGCCAACCCCCCCAGCACCUCCCUCUACGCCACCAACCCCCCCUGGAUCUUCACCCAGGAGGCCCCGGAAGAGGGGAGCCGGGACUUCGGUGGCAUCUAUUAUGGAGACCAUCGGUUUAACUCUGUGAGUGAGUCAGGAACAGCCACGCUGAAAGCUCGGCCAAGAGUCCGGCCCCUACUGACCUUCCUUCCGCUGAAUGCCCAGGAGAACCAUGGACUGGCUGUGCCCACCCCCUCUGUGCCAGGAGACUUUGUGGACAAAGAAGUGACAGGUACCAGCUCACUAGUCAACGGCAACCUCCGACUGUACAGCUCUGUGGGUGACCUGAGGCCUAGGCACUAUGGGCAGGACCUACUCAUCCCUCCACCACCCCCAGGCCCAGCCCCGGGGCCACCCCUGGACACUUCACAACCUCGAGAGGAGUCCCCACCGCCUCCACCUUCCAUGGCACCCCCACCGCCUCCCCUGCUGCUGGAACCCCCAUCCCCACCCAGCACGGCCCCACCUCCGCCCCCAGUACUGGGGGCUCCAGCCCCUGUCUCCACCCGUUCCUCCCCAUCGACGCCCACCCCUCCUGACUUCAUUCCUCCUGCCCCACCCUUGGCCUCUCUAGCCCCACCCCCACCCCCUCUGCCAGCCCCAGCACUCCCAGCAUCUCCUCAGACAACAGGGACUCGCCUCUUUCCCCCUGGGGGUGUCACCAAGUGGAAAUCGGAAGUAGCACUGAAUAGCAGGCAGCCAGAGACCCCCAGAGCCAGCCCCCCCCAGAGCCCAGCUGAGCCAAAGGGGAGUCUUCUGGGACCUAAGCCAGACCCCCACCUCACUUUCCCGCGCUCAUUCAAGGUGCCUCCCCCGACCCCAGUCAGGACUUCAUCCAUCCCAGCUCAGGAAGCACAGGGGACUCCUCUAGAGGAAGAAGGGGCCACCAAGAAAGCUCCCAAUCUACUCCCACUGCCUCCCAGCUUCCACAUCCGCCCUGCGUCCCAGGUCUACCCGGACAGGGCCCCUGAGCCAGACCACCCAGGGGAGCUCAGGGCUGCAGCACCAGCCAGGCCCACGCUGGGCAAGUCCCAGUCCUGGACUAAGGAACAUGCUGAGACGCCACCGCCAGCCCCUCCCCUGGCCCCUCCCGCACCCCCGCAACCCCCCCCCGCACCGCCCCUCCCCCCAGCUGCCCCUCCUUUACCUUCUGCUGAGAAGGUAGCUCCUCCACCUUCUGGGUUUGCAAAACGCCGCAAAUCCAGCUCCCCUGCUCCCAAACCCAAACCGACCCCCCCCAGCCCAGAGGACACAGCCUCUUCAGCGCCUGUGGACUGGAGGGAUCCCAGCCAGAUGGAAAAGCUGCGGAGUGAGCUGGCAGCCUAUCUCUGUGGCUCCAGGAGGGAGGACCGAUUCCUCAGUCACAGGGCAGGCUCAACGGCGGCCUCUGAGGAAAAGGAGGGCAAGAAGGACCCCAGCCUGCCAGAGGAAGAGGCUCCUCCAAGCCUGCCAGAGCAGGAGACCCUUCCAAGCAUUCCUGAGAAGAGUUCCUGCAGCCUGCCCGACAAGGGGGCUGCCACCAGCCUGACCCUCCCUCCUGUGGACUACCUCCCCCAAGAUGCCCCAACUCCCAGUGUCCAGCAGAUCCGCAGUGAGCUGGAGGCCCGGUUCUCCUCGUCAGCAGAGAAGGAAGCCAAGCCCAGCGUAGGGUUUCUGCCUCCCAAACCUCGGCUAGAAGGGGGAAGAAUCUUUGAAAACAGGGGGGAUAAUGGCAACUUCUCUAAGCCUGUGGCCAAGAAUCUGCCCCCUCUAUCCACCACCCCUCUGCCAACCACACCACUUCAGUCCAAGGCCGUGCCUGGGCCAGCCACACCACCCAAGGCCACUCCUGGGCCAGCCCUACCACCCAAGGCCACACCGGGGCCAGCCCUACCACCCAAGCCCACGCCUGGGCCAGCCACACCACCUAAUGCUGUGCCCGGGCCCGCCAUACCAUCUGCAGCCAUAACUGCGCCCACCACAUCAUCCCCGCUGAUAGAGAAGAACCCAGUCCCAGCUGGGCAGUGGGAGAAGCCCAAACCUCAAGAACUUACAGUGCCCCGCCAGAUAGAGGCAGAAGGGCGCCCCACAGAGCCCAGUAAGCCGCCUACCCUGGGAUCCGUCUCAGCUCCAGCCCUCCCACCAAAGAGAUCUCCUGGCGGAGAAGAGGUGACAUUUCUCUACACGCUCUGUCGCAGCCAGAAAAGCCCCAGCCAAGAGGUUGCUGCUGGGACGGCACCGCGGGCCACAGGUUCAGCCGCAGGGUCAAGGGAACCUGCGGAGGUGAAGGAGCCCCAGGCGCAGCCAGCCAAGCCCCCCACCUCAGCCCAGCCUGCCGAUGAACUCCUCAGGCAUCCGGUGACUGGGGAGGUGGUGCAGCCAGGCUCUCCGAUGGCCCUGCUCCUUGCAGCCAGGCAGAGGGCCCAGAAGGGAAGGCCAGGAGGGCUGGCCCUGGGCGGGUCCUCCCUGCCAGGGAGCCUCUGUGGCCACAGCAGCCAGCCCCAAGCAGGCUCUGACAGCAUCUUCCACAAUGAGGGCCGGCCCAACUCCUUCACUGUGGUCCCCAAGUUACCCAAGGAGGCUGAGAAGGACGCCCAGCUGGCCUCGUCGGCACAGCCCACCAUACCCAGUCAGUGGAAGCCCCAGCCCCUCGGAGACCGGGAGGGCACAGAGCCAAGCCUCAGGCACAACGGGACAAAGGCGGAGCCUCAGGCCCCUGUGGCCUGGGAAAGGCCGGCAUCCUCCAACCUCCCCCGGGGCCGCCUGUUGCCCAAAUCCUUCUCGUCCCCUCCUUCUCCUUCCUGCAAGAGGGACGACGACGACGACGACGACGACGACGAGGGGGGGUUCCACUUUGAGGUCAUCCCGCCGCCGCCAGAGUUCAGCAACGACCCUGAGCCCCCCGCCCCGACGCUCCAGUAUCUGGGGCGCCGGGGAUCCCCUCCCCGGAACAACUUCCCAGACUUGGGGCAGCCCUCAGCGCCUCGUGGCUUCUCGCGCUUUCCGGCCGGCGCGCUCCACGCCAGGGCCGGGGGCCUGGAGCACUUCUCGGGCGGGGGCCGCUCGCUCAUCAAGAAGCGCCUGUACGUCGGGGAGCCCCACCGCAGCCCCGGGCAGGCCCGCGGCGGCACCGGCCACAGCCUGAGUUCCCCCAACUGCUUUGGGCCGCCGCCGGGAGGCCCGGAAAUGCGGCGCGUCAACUCGGCGGGCCGCGCGCUCCCCGGAGGCCUGCACGCGCGGAGGCUGCCCAUGGAGGGCGCCGCCCGCGGGGAGGCCAAGUUCAAGGCGCCCGGCGGCGACUAUGGCUUCGCCCCCGCGGCCGGCAGGUCUCCCCACAGCACCCCCCACUAUGGAAGCCCCAUCAACACAUUCACCGUGAGGCCUGGGACCCGCCAUCCCAUCUCCUAUGCCUACUCGGGGAACCACCGGAAAGCCCCGUCCUGAACCCCGGGUGCUCUCAGUUCUACUCCAAGGGGUCAGAUCUGGACACUUGUUUUUGUGGGGGUGGGAGGGAUGCGGCAGGUGUUAGGCGUCCUGACUUAAACAUGGAAGAGUCUUUGUUACCCAAACACAGACAGAUGACGAGUGAGAAGUGGUGGAAAGAUUAAGAGUGGGCUUCUGUUUCCCAAAGCACUGGGGUGGCUGUGGACAAGGGGAGGGGGAAAUAGGGAGGAGAGGAGGAGCCUUUAAGGGCCUGGAGCCUGAGUUUCCCCUAGCUGGUACUGUUUGCUUUAGCAAGACUUACUUAAAGCAGUUUUACAAGCAUGGCCUGAGCAGGUUCUAAAAGCAAGGGGCGGGGUGCUACCUCUGAGUCCAUCUCCAUGGCUAUGAUCGGCUGUCUGGUGCUCCCAAAGGCCUGAGGCCCAGCUCCAUCUGGGUAGGGGUGCAGGGAACUAGAGGUUGAUCUCUUUAGCCUCCACCAAUCCACCAUUUGCCAACCUAAGAGCUGAUUCCUGGGGUACCUAGCAUAGAAGGCACAUUGAGGUGGGACCAGGACAUAGGCAUGGACAACGUGUGGAGAAGGUGCUGGAACAGAGUUCUUUGCAUCGGCCAAAGGUGGGGAUAGGGAGGGUCGAUGGUUCAGUUGCCCUGGCCCUGGCCCUUAGCUACCUCAGCUGCCGGGAAGCCUAGGGAGAGAAGACUUGGCAAGUACGGGAUGGGAGACAGAGGAUAAAGUCAUGUUUUCCUACUCAGACCCAGGCAGCCAUGAUUUGGGAGAUUGGGCCCAAGGAGCCAGAAGGCCUGGGGGUUUGACACCAAAGGCCUAAUACAGCCAGAACCCAUUUGGGAUUUGGUGGGGGCAUCCGACCCAACCACCCUUCCCAAUCCCAACACUAUAGGUCCCCAGUAUUAUGGAGGCUUUAAAAUGCAUAGUGAAGAUGCUAGAAGACGCAGAGUGGGAGGUAGCAGAGAUGGGCACUGGGAUCUGAGAGGUGUUUGCUGCGUUUUGGAAGGUCUAGAGUGGUAGGACUGGGCCAGUUCCGAGCAGGGGAGACCUAUCAGUAGGGCCCUUUGCCUGCGCAAUGUGGGUUUAUGCCUGUUGGCCAGUGAAUUAGACCCCCAUCCACUUCCAAAAGAAGUUCUGAUUUGGAUGACAUAUGUUCCCCACACAUAUCAGGAAACAGUAUUCCUCGGUCUGUCUUCCCCGUCCCCUCCCCAGGCCGGAUUCCUGGGACCAGGCCAAGGCAGGCUGCCUCGGUAGGAGGAAGGGCAGGGGGUGGCCCACCGCAGGAGCAGGCCUGCAGGGGCAGCCAGAAAGCAGGGCCCUUUGGGGGCAAGAUGUUGGACCUUUAUGACUUGAGGUAACCAGCCAGGUGCCAGGUUGUGGGGCCGGCAGGUGAGCCCCUUCAGGGAAGGAGAGUGCCGGCACCCUGAUGGGGCAGGAUCUGGUUACCUGUGUUCAAGAAGCAAACCCCACCCAACACCAGCACUGGCCCUAUAUAUAUGUAUGUAUUUUCCCUGUACAAUGUUUUAUAAAAGACUUCACUAAUUUAUCUGCUGUGUCAGGUUUGAAGAGUGGGGCAUGGGCUCCCAGCUGUAUAUUGCUCUGGAGGGAGGGGAAGGGCUGGCUGUCACUUGGCUUGGGAAAUAAACAGGCCAGUUUGGGCUGGCCUCAGCUCUGUGGCUGUGGGUUGAUGACUCGAAGCUACUUCAGUGUGAUGAGAGGUUGGAAGAACUCAGCUGGGGAAGGCUGAGCACGGGGUGGCGGCUGAACCGGGGAGCCAUUUUGCUGGGCCCACACUUUCUCU